GAUAUUGAAUAUAAUAAUCAUUCAAUGAGAAUCUUAUUUAAAAUUUUCAUUUAAUAUAUAUUAGUAUUUAUGAUCCAUAAAAAUGAAAACUUUCACAUACCGUCCUGUUUUGAAAAUGAGAAUCAUCAACAAGAUCAAGUAACCAUUUCCAAAGAAUGGUUUUGCAUGUCAUACAAUACGACGCUUAACCUUACUUCUCCGGUCUGAAAUUUUUAUUUCGUUGUUUAUUUGAAAAAAAUACCAUAAACUUGCGAAAAUGAGUUCAAUUGGAACAGGGUACGAUCUCUCAGCGUCGCAAUUUUCUCCUGAUGGAAGAGUAUUCCAGGUCGAAUAUGCUCAAAAAGCGGUUGAAAUUGGAGGAACCGCUAUUGGGCUGAGAGGGAAGGAUGGCGUUGUAUUGGCUGUCGAGAAAAUCGUCACUUCAAAACUGUAUGAGCCUGGCUCUGGCAAAAAGAUAUUCCACAUUGAUGAAGGAAUCGGCAUGGCAACUUCUGGUUUGAUCUCUGAUGCCAGGCAUUUGGCGGAAAAUGCUAGAAAUGAAGCUUCCAGCUACAGGAACCAGUACGGUAACUCAGUGCCCCUGAAAUACCUGAACGACAGAGUCUCGAUGUAUAUGCACGUGUACACACUGUACAGUGCUGUCAGGCCAUUCGGCUGCAGUAUUAUUAUGGGUUCCUACGAGAAAGGCCAGCCUGUCAUGUAUAUGGUCGACCCGUCUGGAAUAUCUCAUGGUUAUUACGGGUGUGCGGUUGGAAAGGCCAAGCAGGCCGCGAAAACAGAAAUUGAGAAGCUUAAACUCUCUGAACUGACAUGCAAGGAGUUGGUGAAGGAAGCAGCUAGGAUAAUCUACAUGGUGCAUGACGAGCUGAAGGACAAGUCGUUUGAGCUUGAACUGAGCUGGGUGGGCAAACACACCAAUGGCCGCCACGAGUUUGUGCCCAAGGCGGUGUUGGCCGAGGCCGAGGAAGCUGCCAAGGCCGCCAUGGAAGAGCAUUCCGACUCUGAUGGCGAAGAUAUGUAACCUAAUUACUGCUACUAACUUUUUAUAAUUAAAUAUUAAUAAAUAUGUUUCUAAUUCA